ACAAAAUCACGAAGUGACGCCCAUUCAAAACGUUUUCCUACAGUUUUCGUUCCUUGGUUUGUAACUGGAUCUAAAUAUUUCCGUUAUUUAGCUUCCAACUAUGCUUCUCAAGGAGUAUCGCAUAUGCAUGCCUUUAACAGUUGCCGAAUAUCGGAUAGCUCAGUUAUAUAUGAUUCAGAAAAAGUCUCGUGAAGAGAGUACAGGUCGUGGAAGUGGUGUGGAAAUAUUGAAAAACGAACCUUAUGAAAAUGGUCCUGGAGGAAAAGGUCAAUACACAUUUAAAAUUUAUCAUGUGGGUAGCCAUUUACCAGCUUGGCUUCGUAAUAUACUGCCAUCAUCGGCUCUACGUGUUGAAGAAGAGGCAUGGAACGCGUAUCCAUACACCAGGACAAUUUAUAAAGUCCCUUUUGUCGAAAAGUUGGUACUCGAUGUGGAAACAUAUUUUUUCGACGAUGCUGGAGAACAAGAUGAUGUUUUCAACCUUUCACCGGAUGAAAGAAAGGCACGUAUCAUUGAUUUUAUUGAUAUCGUAAAAGAUUCAAUUACUGGAAGUGAUUAUAAACCAGAAGAAGAUCCUAGUAUUUAUGUAUCAGAAGCAACUGGUCGUGGUCCAUUGUCACCUAAUUGGCGUGAGGAAUUUAUUCAUGCUCAACAAGUGACUCAUGAAACUUAUGAAAAACCACCGACUCGAACUCAUGAUAAUUCACCAGCUACUGUUGAAUGUCUAAAGCCACUUCAUAAACGUAUUAUGUGUGCAUAUAAACUUUGUCGAGUAGAAUUCCGUUAUUGGGGUACACAAACACGAGUGGAACAGUUUAUCCAUGAUACUGCACUUCGAAAAACUAUGCUAAGAGCACAUCGGCAAGUAUGGGCGUGGCAAGAUGAGUGGUAUGGUCUUACAAUAGAGGAAAUUCGUCGUUUAGAAGAGGAAACAGCUCAAGCAUUAGCGUCUAAAAUGGCUGAUUCAAACCAACUGCCAAAUAAUGGCGACGAGUUAUCUAAGGAAGUUCGAUCAACAACACCAAGCGGCAAUGCAACUAUGAAUGCUAUUGAAGUGAAAUGUGAUCAGUCUGAUGAAAAUUGUGAAUCUGAUUCAAGCACAGCGACAUCAGAAAAAUUCCAUCUUUCAGUUAAUUCAACUGAUAUUACAGAACAAAAUUUAUGGGCUGAUUUUAAGAAAUUAGAAGCGAACAAUUUUGAACUUGAUGAUUUUGAACCUUUUACAGCACCUUGUGCAGAAUCCGAUGAUGAUACUAGGUCAUUUAUUACAUGUUGUAGCGAUCUUACUGGGAAUACUGAUUAUGCUACUCCUCUUGCGUCAAAUUUCCAGAGUUUUGAUAUUCCAGGAAUAAAAUCUUGCUUUAACCAAAAACCUGUCUCUAGUGUUCAACAAAAUUGUGGUAAACUAAUCCUUAUAUUAGUGAUUCAUGGUGGUUGUAUACUUGAUUCAACUUACGAUUUAACUACAAAACGUUCCGAUAUUUUAACUUUUCGUAAAACAAUCGAAACAGUUACAGCUAAUCACUAUCCAACAUUACAUAAUCGAAUAGCUGUAAAACUUGUACCAUGCCCUACAGAAAUCGGUGAUAUAUUCCGAUUAUUCUCCAAACUGAAAGCUUCACCAGAUCCUACUAGGCCAAUUGAAACUCAAUUGUUACGUGAUUUAAUGCCUUUGGGGAGUAUUCCUUUAUUUUUGAUUAAUUCACCUGGAUAUUCGCGAAUGUUGGAACAAUUAGCAUUUAAUUUGAACACACAUUAUGCGGAGUUUUUACGAUCUCCUGAAGGAAUUCACUUUUCUGGCAAAGUUUGUCUAGUAGCUGACAGUGUUGGUUCAAUUUUGGCUCAUGAUCUUUUAACAAAACCUACUAGUCAUGAGUCAAUAUCGAAUAAUAAUGAUACAAGUAUAACAGAUAUUGGAUUAAUGCGUCGUAAACAAUUUGGUAUUCAUGGUUUAAUACAGUCGGAUAAAGAAAUCAAAACUCCAAUUUUAAUAAACAGCCCAAGUGAAGUCACUUUAUGCCCACCUGAAUCAAAUACUAGUCUAGGAAACGUUGAAUCGUCCAGUCCGGAAAAUGAAGAAUCUAAACUAUAUGGUCGAAUGUCUUCUAUAGACUUUCAGGUACAAAACUUUUUUAUGUUGGGUUCACCAAUUGGUUUAAUAUUGGCAUAUCGUUAUCAAAAACAUCAAUUGGCAUCAUCUACUAAAACAACUAAUUUAAUUAUUAAUUCAUCUUAUAAUAUGACUUAUCAUUUAUCAAAAGAAAUUAAGUUGUCCGUAGAUCAAGCUUAUAAUCUUUUUCAUUUAACUGAUCCAUGCGGUUUUCGUAUUGAACCAUUAUUGGAUAAUCGUUUCAGUUGUAUAUCCCCAAUAAUAAUUCCCCAAUAUGUUCGUUAUCCACUUGGAGAUGGACAGUCAACAAAUCUAAUUGAAACUCUUAUACAACAGGCUGAAUUAUUUUCUGCAAAUGUUUCCGAAAAAUCAUACAAUUUAUCCAAUAGUGAUAAUUCUACGACUAAUGAAAAUAAUGAUGGUUGCGUAAAUGUAAAACGACAAUUGACAAACCAGCAGUUAAAUUGGGAAAAAAAGUCUAUUGUUGCGCUUGAAGCAUUGAAAAAUGUUCAACAGUCAUGGUGGGGACCUAAAAGAGUUGAUUACAAUGUUCAUUGUCCGGAAGCAAUGCAAAAUAUUUUAGCUCGUGCACGUCCUUCAAUUUUGCAUGCAAGCUAUUGGGAAUCAAAAGAUGUAGCAUCUUUUAUUAUACGACAGAUUCUAGAUACACUAGGACUAAGUGUUCUAGAAACAUCAUACUCGGCAGAUUUGUCUGAUGAAAUAGCCGUUACAGAACUGGCUAAAUUAUCAUUGAAUCCGAAUCAGAUUAAAUCACAAACCUAUGAAAUUAUGGAUGAUUCCAGUACACAAAUUUCACAGCAAUCAGAAAAAUGUAGUAGUAGUCAAUCGAGAUUCUCCAACUUCAGUCAUACUUUGUCAUUUGGACCUCGUAAUUUCUUGAAACGAACAUCAUCUGAACGAUUAAAGAAUUUUAAAGCAAAUCAUCGAGCAAAUGAUGUGAUUACUACAACUGGAUCUACACCACUUAUCACAGGUCGAUUUACUUUUGGUGGAUUGGAUUUGAUGAGUUUUUCUUCUGAAAAAAUCCGAGUUGAAAUUCAAUCAAUUAGUGGAUCUUGGGCAUAUGUAUGCACAGAAGUAACUGAUUCUUCUGGACGAAUCCGAUUCUCUUUACCAGAGCAAAUUCAUCUCCCAGAUGGACUAUAUCCUAUUAAAAUGACCGCUGAAUCUGAUCCUGAUCAUCCAGUAAUUAUUACAUUAGCUAUAGUACCUCCUCAAACUGAGGUAGUGGUAUUCAGUGUAGAUGGAAGUUUUGCAGCAAGUCUAUCUCUGAUGGGAAAAGAUCCGAAAGUUCAUCCUGGUGCUGUAGAUGUUGCUCGUCACUGGCAAGGAUUAGGAUAUUUAUUAAUCUAUUUAUCUGCACGACCAGAUAUGCAAAGACGUCGGGUUACAAAUUGGAUGGCAAAUCAUAAUUUUCCUUUUGGGAUGACUUUCUUCUUAAAUGGAUUAUAUUCAGAUCCACUGAAACAGAAAGCUCAAAUGUUAAAGACAGUUGUUGAAAAUGCAAAUUUACGAGUUCAUUGUGGUUAUGGAUCAGGUAAAGAUAUCAAUUUAUAUCGUUCUCUUGGUUUAUCAACCCAAAACAUCUUUCUAGUUGGCAAAGUCUCUCGAACACAAGCAUCAAAUGGAACUCCAUUAUCACAAGGAUAUUCGUCGCACUUAUCUUCAUUAAUCAAUGGUCAUACUUUAUCUAGACCUGCUAUUGGAUCAAUGAGUGUAGCAGUGCGUUGUUGUCCUUUUGAUUUACCAUCAGUUUAUCCUUCAUCACCUUUAUUAAUGGAAUCUAAUUUGCUUCGAAACAAUUCUUUUAAAUUUUCACCUCAAUUAAGUCAACGAUUAUUAUUUAAUGAUGAAAUAGAUCAGAAUACAUUGUAAUAUUCCUAAUACUUAUUAUCUUAUUCAAGUCAUUCAUCAUUCAUGUAAGCUUCAAUGUUAUAAAUAGAUGAGAAAUUCAAACUAUUUUUUAGAGUCCAAUUAUUUGGGUUUUUUUGUAUAUUGAUCAAAUAAUUUUACCCUUAUUUUCAUUUAUACUAUAUCAUUUCAAUUUUUUUGUUGUGAAAACCUUUCAGUUUAAUUCUGACAAAGGUUUCCCAUUUGUUUGUCACUAACAAAAACAUUAACCCUAGAACUUUUAUCUUGUAAAUCUUCGUUUUAAUUCGAUGGCUUGGGACCGGCAGUAACCCCAGGAGGAGCUACAGACGGAGUUGGGCUGGAGAAUGCUAGUCGAUGGCCUAUGCUCCAUUAGGAGUAACAGGUGUAAGUAAAAGAUCAUUACACAACUACGUUGCUCCUUUCCAAAUUUUGUUGAUAUAAGAUGAUGUAUCCAUGCUUACCAAUUUAUUAAGAGAAUAUAAUCUUUUCACUAACAAAAACAUUAACCCUAGAACCUUUAUCUUGUAAAUCUUUGUUCUUUUUUCGAUGUUUCACAUAUUGUUUUUAAUUUUACAUUCUUUACAUAUAACUUACAUACUCGUCAUUCACUUGAAAAUUAGAAAUUAUUCAAAGGUCGUAAUCAUUCCUCAUCGUCAUCUUGUAUUGUAUUAAUUAAGUGCAUAUAUAUUACACAACUGGUUAGCGUUUUUUUAGCGAGUUGGUUUUCUACGGGAUGGAGUCGCUAACCCCAUGCCCAACCGUCCUCCCUUACUCGGGCUUGGGACCGGCAGUAACCCCCAGAGGAACUACAGCCGGAGUUGGGUCGGAGAAUGCUGGGAGUAACAGGCGUAAGUAAGUAAGUAAAAAAAUAUUACGCAACUACGUUGCUCCUUUCCAAAUUUUUGUUGAUAUAAAAUGUAUCCAUGCUUACCAAUUUAUUAAGGGAAUAUAAUCUUUUCGUUGUCCCAUUGAAAUGAAUCAACAUAAUUUCCGACUAUUAAACUGUGAUUUGGUUUUUUUUUAUCAACUACAAAUUAAAUCUUUUAUAUAUUCCUAACUAAUUAUUCCUGUAUUCUGUACAAUUUAUAAUUGAUAGUUCACUUAUAAGAUGAACUCAGUUUCUGUUUGAAUAUACACUUUUCAAUGUUGUCAAAUUUUUGUCGAAUUGGUUCCAAAGUUAUAUGAGAUUAAAUAUGUUUUGGUUGUAAAAUUCUUUUACAGAUUUCUAAUUUUCUGUUCUGACCAAUGUGUUUCUAAAAAGUAUGUUUCCUGCGCAUUUGUUUCAACAAAUAAUAAACUUAUGUGAUCCUUUCAUGAAUUUCUGAUUGCUUAUACUCAUUUAGUAUUGUUUGUUUGAAUCUUCACAUCGAUGUGUUAGAACUACAACUGGUCAGUCUUUAGGACUCAGUGGUCGAGUGGAUAACGCGGUGGCGUUUGAAGCGAAAGGUACUGGGUUCGAGUCCCAAAGUGGACAUCAACUGUGAGAAGCUUUAAGCAUAUGGAAUGUAGAUAAAUGAUCAAUUGGAACCAUUCUUACUCAUAUCAACAGAAUACUAGACACGAAUUAGAUUAUUGACUGUUAAGAGUAAGUCACUAAAUAAUCUUAAUCAACUGUAAAAGAUAUUCAUGGGACAAAUCUACUUAGGUCAUGUAACCAGAACGCAAAUACUAUCUAGGAACUAUAGCUAACAACAGUGUGAUAUUAAAUAAGAAUAAUAAAUUUGUAAAAUUUCAGCGAAUGAAUUUGAAGUAAACCCAACGUUUCGCCUGGCAAUCUGGACCAAGCUUUUUCAAGGAAAUAUUUCCUCGCUGAGAUUUUAAAAAUAUAUUAUUCUUAUUUAAUGUCUUAAAUCAACUCCUCACCCAAUUACUGUGAAAUUAUUCGCUCUAAUUUAGACAAAAGUUCUUAUAUAAACCGUGUGAUAGUUAUGUCUAUGAGAGAUCCAUCAAAGAGUACUUCUUGAAAGACUUCCAAAGCCCCGUAUCGGCCAUCAGUAUAUGAAACGUUAACCGACCUUUUUCUCGAGUGUAACUAAUGAAGUUAUGCAUGUCAUCUAAAAUACUAAAAGUAUUGGUUGGCACAUAAAUGAUAGUUCAAUGUUCUUUUUUGAAAUCAUAACAUAUUCUUAGCAGGGACUCGUUCUUUUUGCUCCGAAUCUCUUUGAAUGUUUAAAUGAAUGAUGACAGUUUUCUAAACAUCCACAUAACUUCAGCGUUCUUAGUGUGCACCCAUAAAUAUAACUUUUAGGAACCGGUCAGUAGCGAUAUUUUUAAAUCUAUAUUUAUCCGUCGACGAUUUAAAAGACUUCAAGGUGGUUUAUUUAUUUAAACACAUAAAUAUUGGUACAAGAGAGCACCAGAUAUAUAUGCGCCACAAAAAUCUCAUUUGAUUUGUGUGAGGGCUAUGAUAUUGCCCAUGUGCCCAAACUGAAGCAGGUAGUUUUCUUAGGGGGGCCACACCCGGAGCCUUUGACCUAAAGGUCUGACCAACAAGGCACUGGAGCAUCGUAAGGAGAUGCAGUCUCAUGGUGGCGAGUGACCAACGACUGAUUCAUACGCCAUUUGUCCCCUCAGUAUACUGAAGCCCAUGUAGACCAUUGGUUUGGAAUGAAGGUUUUCCAACUUCCUUAGGUGGACUCGCCGUGUCCACCUACCCGGUUAAAACGUCGGACAUUGGCUUUUCGUCCUCCCAACUUCGUAAAAAACACCCCCGCCACGAGAAGGCAAUGAGUAAGGCCUCCCUUUCAAAGGCUGUAUACGCGUGGUCUUGUGAGAGCAUUUGGAGAUGGAGAGCUGGCUUUCCCCACUCUCGGCCGUACCGGGGCAUUCGGGGCAGGUUUGUGUUAUCUUAUACGUGGAGUAAGUUAAAUAUGAGAUCCGAAUUAUAAAAUAUUGGACCGUUGACUAUGGAAUAAUAAAUGAUAUGAUCCCUACAGAAAUUAACAAAGUAAAUAAGUAUUUUAUUUAUAAUAUUUUAGUCCACCACCUAGAUUAAAUUGUUACCUUUGGUAUUUUCAUUCUGUUUUUUUGUUUACGCUGUAAAUUAGCGAUAUACUUCAAUGUGUUUAAUGUUAUCUAGUUUUUUUCUGUAACGUCAACUUUAAAAGUAAACCAUUUUAUUUACGUCAAUAAUUUCUGUACAUUUUUUUCUGAUUGAUAUUUUUGUGUAGUUAUGUUCGCAUGAAUGAUCAUUUUUCCAAAUGUCUAUCUAUGAAAUCUGCUUCUCCUGCAUUAUAAUUAAUUUUUCGACUGGAAAAUAUAAACGGACAGUUUUUCUAUGCAAAGGUUCAUUACUGUGGAUAGGACGUGAUGAGCGAGCUUGAAACUAAAGGUUAGAGGAACAUUAAAUAAGUGCAUUACGCCAAUCUGAAUUUAAACGUAUUAUAGUCUUUAAUUUUAAGGCUAGUCCUGAUUGUCAACAGCCACACGGUCUAUUUUCUGGUGUUGGACCGAGAAAGAAUUAGGCAGAAGUAAUUCGAGUUUUAUGUCACGUAAUAAUCAAGCAAGCAUUCAGUGAAAGGCUUGUGCAACAGCUCUUCAAGUUACAACUUUAGGUUACGAUAACUCUUGUGCUCGAUGUAGCGCAGUUCAAUAACUAACUAAACUUUUGAGUUCACCUCAGAUCCUAUCUCGGAAGUCAGCUUUAUUAUAAGACAGCUACAUACAUCAGAAGAUAACAUUAUUGAACUUCCCGAUUAUCUUACCUGUCUUCUGAACGUCAGAUAAGAUUAUACACCCAUAAACUUCACAAAUGCUCUUCAUGUCAAGCACUAUGAAAGAGCGGAAAGUAAUUUGUAUUGGUGCCAUAAUUGUUACGGUGGGAGUUAUUGCUGUUGCAAGAGGUCUUAUUGUCUGGCCAAUGGUAAGUGGUCAAUAGAAAACUUUCUACGCUCGCUCAUAUUAGUAACUACGAUACGCGAUUGUUGGAAUAUCUAUCUCGAUGUAAUUUUAUGUACAAAUUUCUUGAAGUUGCAAAGAAUUAUAUUGUUUGAGACCAACUGUCAACAAAGAGUUUUCAUCAAUACCAACGAAUUUUGAACUAGUAUUUCUUUUUUAAAUGAAAUAAAUUUGUUAAGAACAUGAGAUGCCUUUUUUAAGCUUUGUGAGACUGAAUAAUUUAACAAUAAACGGUCAAGUUGUUUACAACCGUCAUUUUACAAUCACCGUAGCAACUAAUCACAUUCAUGCACAAAUGUCUGGUUUUUUAUCAUUUAUUUUAUCUCUGCGGAUCGUAGUUAACGACAUGUUCAUUACUGUUGAUCUAAAUAUAUAAUUUACUUGAACAAUUAGGGAUCCUAGCAUUUCUAAGUCUUUAUAUGGAACGGAAUUUAAUUAGCUAUAUCUGUAGCCCCUGUCUUUUCUUAAAAUGUGAGAUGGUUAUAAUGUAACAUCAAAUAAUUUGGGUCGACUUACACUAAGUACCUUGAGCUCUUGACUUUCGAAACAAACACUUCAUGUCCCACUGCCUAGGUUCAGCCAGUUAACCGACUUAAUCGAUCUGUUAACAACUGGAACUGCGCUUUAAUAUGACUACAGAUGCUCCCGAGAAACUAUGAAAUUGGAUCACUUUUCUUUACCGGUUCAUAAACCCGUUGUGUAUUUAACGGAUUGAUUAGUCAAAACAUUUAUAAUAUGCAAUAAGAUAGUCCUGAGAACGUUACGGUACCGACUAGGUAAAGCUAACAACUCCGAUUUAAAACUUCAGUUUAAAAUUGGUAAAUUGCGUCCGCAAUAUAUCCGACAACAUAUCUCCAAUCCUUCCUUUCACCACAUUUGAUCUUGUUUCAUCAAAGAAUGAUGGUGACUGUCCAUCUAACUUAAUCUUAUUCAACCAUGUAUACGACAUCAUUGAUACGUGAAGCAAUAAUUGCAAUAUUCCUUAAACAUUUUCAUGAUAUAGAAGGAUUUAACUAUAUCAUUUCUCGUAAUCCUAUUAAUUCUUCGUCGCUAUAAGCAUAAACGCCCUCGACAUUUUGGCUUUGGCCUUUUAUUAAUUGUCGUGAUUGCUUCCGUGUUUUAGACUACGCAAUUUUUGCUACUGGAAUAGGCAGUUUUUAGGAUAGAUCUGAAUGCAGUUUGAAGGAUUUAUAAACGUUUUAAAGUAAUGUAACAAUAUUAAGCUAAUUUAUUUUAAACAGCCGUAAAACACAUGAGCCAAGUCAACGCAAAUGCAAGAUAAACAUUUUUAAGAAUGUAGUGCUAUCUAUUACAUUAAGUCCGUCUAGCCAUUUUCUCUGAAGUGGUAUAACGACAUCGGAGAGAAGCAAUAUAAUAAAACGUUGGUGCAUCAAUGAACGCUUGUUGAAUUCUGACAGAACUGUAUAAUGUUAACGAUGGCGCGUCAUAUGAAUGCUGCCUUGAGCAGAUGAACUGUUAGUAGUAUAUACCUCAGGCUUCAUACAGUUUAUAAAACAGAAAACCUGUUUCAUUUAUUUCGGUGUUUCUUGGUACCAGUUUCUAGGCAGAUGCUAUAAUAGCCUUUAUUGAAGGAAGAUUUUUUAUCGGAGUACAACUCAAGAAGUACUAUGUAAUUGCGUUCUGGAUAUACAAUUUAGACACUGUAUUAAGACCAUUUAUUCAACGUUGACAGUGGUGACUUUUCGGCAUUACUUCUUUUAUUUUAAUUAUUCGUACCAAAUUGACAGGAUCACUGAUGUUGUGGUGUGGUCUACUUAUAUCC